AUUUCAGUUUCACCUGACAUCUUCCCUGGCCACUCCACGCCCUUUGUGUGUGUUUACUUCUUGCAUGUGUUUUCCUGUGCACUGUUUGGGAAGGGGAUAUUUUGUUUGUUCUUAAACACUGGAUAUGCUGGGUCAAUGAACUUAAUCCAGGAAAGUUACUCCAGGAAUCAGAGCUGAGAGGACAAGCUGAGAAGACAUCAUUACGAUGGCAAACAGGAAUGCAACGCUUUCCCGAAAGUCUCUCAUCUAGGGAAGCAUGCACAUGCUGUACUGCAAGAAAGCAACUUUUGGGCCUCUUUAAACCACUGACUGUAAUCUUGUCCAGGUUUCUCAGUGCCUGCUGAAAAAGACUUCUCCUAUACCUUUAAAGCGGACUAUAAGACUGUCUUCCUCAGCAGGAUUUAAGAUUUCCUGGAUACUUUACCAGCCCCUACACACAUAACAAGAUGAUUGACCUAAGCUUCCUAACAGAGGAGGAACAAGAGGCAAUAAUGAAGGUGCUGCAACGGGAUGCAGAGCUUAAAAGAGCUGAAGAAGAGAGAGUCAGACAUUUGCCAGAAAAAGUCAAAGAUGAUAUUCAACUAAAGAAUAUGAGCGGGCAGUGGUUUUAUGAAGCAAAGUCAAAGAGGCACAGAGAUAAGAUACAUGGAGCAGAUAUUAUUAGAGCUUCCAUGCGACGGAAGCCUGCCACUCUUGCUGAAGUGAGUCAGAACAAAUCAAACAAAGCAAAGAACAGCUGGGUGAGCAAUGUUAAUAAAGAAGUCUUUGUGCCACCAGAACUACAUGGCAUUGUGGAACAUCAGGAAGAAGAAGAACCACUGAAAUCUAGUUUGAGUCCUAAACCAAUAACCUCAAUGUUAGACAAACCAGAGGAAAGACCUAUGAAGGCAGCAGUCUCACCAGUAAAGCAAAGGAGAAAUCCAUUUAAUUCCACUGCAUCAGGUGAUAACUUGAACAGCAGGGAAUCAGAAAACAGACCAGCCACUCUACCUCAGCUAUCAAAGAAGGAAAUUUUGUCACUCUCAGAAGAGAGCCAACCUAAACCAAACUUACAAAAUGAUGAAACAGAGACACAUAAAAAGCCUUCUGUGGAACCUACUGAUGAAUCACCGAGCCAACCUAAACCAAACUUACAAAAUGAUGAAACAGGGAAACAUAAAAAGCCUUCUGUAGAACCUGUUGAUGAAUCACAGAAAGGACUAGUUAAGCGUCCUGUCCCAAAAGCUAGAAAAUUUAUUCACAAAGCAACAGAUCCUGUGUCACAAAAGGAAGACUUUGUUCCAAAACCACCCAAACAGACUGAGAGGAUUAAUGGCACUGGUACGCUGCCCAGGGGCAUUCUGAAGCGCAGUUCAAGUUCAAGUUCCACUGAGUCAGAAGUUCGUGUUAGUCAGAUGUUAGAUGUUCAGAAAAAGAAUGUUAUUCCUACUGCAACUAUUUUUGAAGGAGAAGCUGAGAAGAACUCUCUUAUGGAAGAAGUGGAAGACUCCACACAAAUUUCACUGGAAAAACUAAAACAAGUGAGGUUCUCAUCCAGCACAGGUAAAGAACCUCUGCAAAGCCCACAGCUACACCAUGGUAGAGAAAAAGGGGAGUUUGGUUUGUUAGAAUCUGAUGAAAUAAAGAGUAGUGGAAAUGAUGCUGUUACGUCAGAUUCAUUUGGGAAUAAGCAAAUUUCUGCUGCAAAGCCUUUGAGAACCUUUUCAUCAGCUUUACAAAUAAAAACAAUAGAUGGCUUACAAGAUGAUACAUCAGCAUCCAGUCCUUGUGACACUAAUAGGUCAGUCUUCCUGGUUAAUGAAGCCUUGGAAUCAAAGACAGUUACUCCUAAGAAACUUGAAACUCCACAGAAGACCUCCAGCAAUAUCCUGCCAAAUAGCAAUAACGAACAGUGUGUUGAUGAGACACGUGAAAAUAAAGCCAACAAGUUCUUGAGCCAUGAAUCUAAGUCACACAAAAACUUUACUGAUGAACAUCAGCUUUCUGCUAAGACAGAAGCACACGAGGUGUCAAAUACUAACUCUGCAAAUCUUCAACAAGGUUCAGAAGAAGAAUUAAACCCUGUUUUGAUGGCUUUGAAAAGGAGUGCAGAUAGGAAAAUGCCUUCCAAAAGUCUAGAGGACAUUCCAUCAGCCACCUCAAAUAAAGGAAAAAUAAAUAAUCCAAAGGAAGAAUUAGCUCUUAGUGCUGAAGAUGGUCCGAAACCUGAUCAGCAUCAAGAGAGGAAUGAAAAUGCAGCAGGAAUUUCCACAGUGCCUUCACAGCCUGAUAAGCUGUUUUCCAAUCCUGAAAAACUCAAAGGACUGAGCAAGUCAGUACCAUCAUUCCUACAGGAAGAGAGUGAUGAGAGAGAGACAGAUACAGCAUCAGAAAGCAGUUAUUGCCUUGGCAGAAUCAAGAAGAGUCCCAGCUCUCUAACCAAUCUUAGCGGCUCUUCUGGCAUGGCCUCCUUAUCCUCUGUGAGCGGAAGUCUAAUGAGCAUCUAUAGUGCAGACUUUGGCAAUGUUGAUGUGAAGGGGAACAUUCAGUUUGCUAUUGAUUAUGUGGAACAGCUGAAUGAGCUCCACAUUUUUAUUUGCCAAUGUAAAGACUUGGCAGUGGCAGAUGUUAAGCGACAGCGUUCAGACCCGUAUGUAAAGACCUACCUGCUUCCAGAGAAAUACAAGCUGGGCAAACGGAAGACCUCUGUCAAAAAGAAAACUUUUAAUCCAGUCUAUAAUGAAAUACUGCGGUAUAAAAUUGAGAAGGGUCUUCUAAAGAACCAAAGCCUUAAUAUUUCUGUCUGGCACAAUGAUACCUUUGGGAGGAAUAGCUUCCUUGGUGAGGUGGAGCUGGAUUUAGGAACUUGGGACUGGAAUGAUAAAUCCAACAAGCAGAUCAACUGGUUUCCUCUCAAGCCACGGACUUCAACAGUGGCUCUUAACCCAGAAAACAGAGGGGAGAUGAAACUCGCCCUCCAGUAUGUCCCGCACCCUGUUGGAGGAAAGAAGAGUCUGCCUACUGGUGAGGUUCACAUCUGGGUGAAGGAAUGCCGUGACCUUCCUCUUCUGCGAGGCAACAGGCUCAACUCUUUUAUUAAGUGUACCAUCCUUCCGGAUACGAGCAGAAAAAGUCGCCAGAAAACAAGAACAGUAGCAAAAACUACAAACCCGGUAUUCAACCACACCAUGGUCUACGAUGGCUUUAGACCAGAAGAUUUGAAAGAAGCCUGCAUAGAACUCACAGUCUGGGAUCACAACAAACUAGCCAACCACUUUCUGGGAGGUCUCAGGAUAGGCCUCGGAACAGGCAAAAGUUAUGGAACUACAGUAGACUGGAUGGAUUCUACUUCAGAUGAAACUGCCCUUUGGGAGAAGAUGAUGAACUCGCCCAACACGUGGAUAGAAGAUACACUACCUCUCAGGAUGCUGAUGGUUGCAAAACUGGCAAAAUAAGGUGGCAUUUUAAUUGCUAAGUGUCAGAAAGAGACCUCGGGAAUGAAAUUAAAGGUGUGGGGGUGAAACUUGGAAGAGGAACACAGUAGCUCUUCUGACAGUCUCUGCUCCGUUGCUCUUCUGGUUUUGUGCUGUCAAAUGUCACUUUGUAUUUCAAAUUAAACUUCUGCCUGCAGAUUAUUAUGUACAUUUAAGGGAUUCUUUUAUUUCUUAUUCACUGAAAAGGACUUGAAGAAAGAAGGCAUGUACAGAACUGAGCGGUAGAGGUAGCUGUGAUACCUGGAUGCUCGUGGUGCCUAACCGAAGCAUUGCUAAUCCCUUAAAUAAUCUGAACUACCAACAAAAAAAUAAGGGCAAGUCAACUCUUGCGGUACCCUUCCAGGAUUGCUCAUAAAGUGUUAUUAAUAAGAUAGCAACAGGUUGCAUUUUGUUUAUGCUCAUUAGUACGUAUUUGCACCCUCAUUAUGCCAUGCCAGAUCUCUCCAGAGAGGAAUACGAGGAUGAAGAAUUUUUUUUUUUGGAUUGUUUUGCAAGUUCCUUUAUUUGUAGUUGUACAUUUCUAGGAUAUGGAAGUCGCUUCUAGAAUGAAGGAAGCAUUACGUGGAGCGGUACUGCCCAUGUCCUGUGCUGCAGGGUGCAGAGCACUGUUGAUUAAAACAUACUAUCAAAAAUCAGGGUUAUAAAAAGCUUGCUUAUAUACGUGUUAGUUGUCUUGCUAGUGUACAAGCCUGACUCUCAGGUGCUGAAGGCACAGAGGUCAAACGGCUUUUAUUCAGUGCUAGCCUAAAGGAUCUAAACCUGCCAAUUUUAGUGACGACAGAUAUGUUGGGUAUUUAUUCUGUAAAGCGUGCUCGUCUGUACCGGUAUCUAGCAGCUUGGCUUUUUGCAAAAAGUAAUUUAUCUGUGCUUCAGCGCCCCCGUCAGGAGAAUGCUGGGACUAGGGUGGUCUUGGUUUAGGUGGCUUUGCAGCGCAGGAAA